CAGGUUGUUAGCAACAUGAGAGCAGGGUCUGGAUCUUACCUGUUCAAGAGUGUAUCUCCAGCGCCCAAUGCCUGGCAUAUAGCUUAAAUGUUGAUUUGGCUACUUGGCUACUGAACACAAAAUGAAUAACUCAACAAACUCCUCUAAUAAUGGCCUGGCAAUCACCAGUCCUUAUAAGACAUUUGAAGUGGUGUUUAUUGUCCUGGUGGCUGGAUCCCUCAGCUUGGUGACUAUUAUUGGAAACAUCCUGGUCAUGGUUUCCAUUAAAGUCAACCGCCACCUCCAGACAGUCAACAACUACUUUUUGUUCAGUUUGGCCUGUGCUGACCUCAUCAUAGGUGUUUUCUCCAUGAACUUGUACACCCUCUACACUGUGAUCGGCUACUGGCCUCUAGGACCUGUGGUGUGUGACCUCUGGCUAGCCUUGGACUAUGUGGUCAGCAAUGCCUCUGUCAUGAAUCUGCUCAUCAUCAGCUUUGACAGAUACUUCUGUGUCACCAAACCUCUGACCUACCCCGUUAAGCGGACCACGAAAAUGGCAGGGAUGAUGAUCGCAGCCGCUUGGGUCCUGUCCUUUAUCCUCUGGGCUCCGGCCAUUCUCUUCUGGCAGUUCAUUGUAGGGGUGAGAACUGUGGAGGAUGGGGAAUGCUACAUUCAGUUUUUCUCCAAUGCCGCUGUCACCUUUGGUACCGCCAUUGCAGCCUUCUAUCUGCCAGUGAUCAUCAUGACUGUGCUGUAUUGGCAUAUAUCCCGAGCCAGCAAGAGCAGGAUAAAGAAGGAGAAGAAAGAGCCCGUGGCCAACCAAGAUCCAGUUUCUCCAAGUCUGGUGCAAGGAAGAAUAGUGAAGCCAAAUAAUAACAACAUGCCCGGCAAUGACGGUGGCCUGGAGCACAACAAAAUCCAGAAUGGCAAGGCCACCAGAGAUGCUGUGACCGAGAACUGCGUCCAGGGGGAAGAGAAAGAGAGCUCCAACGAUUCCACCUCAGUCAGUGCUGUGGCCUCCAAUAUGAGAGAUGAUGAAAUAACCCAGGAUGAAAACACAGUUUCCACUUCCUUGGGCCAUUCCAAAGAUGAGAACUCGAAGCAAACAUGCAUCAAAAUUGUCACCAAGACCCAAAAAGGUGACUCCUGUACACCAACUAAUACCACUGUGGAGCUAGUUGGGUCUUCUGGUCAGAACGGAGAAGAAAAACAGAACAUUGUAGCCCGCAAGAUCGUGAAGAUGACCAAGCAGCCUGCAAAGAAGAAGCCUCCUCCUUCCCGGGAAAAGAAAGUGACCAGGACAAUCUUGGCUAUCCUGUUGGCUUUCAUCAUCACCUGGGCCCCAUACAAUGUCAUGGUGCUCAUUAACACCUUCUGUGCACCAUGCAUCCCCAACACAGUGUGGACCAUUGGUUAUUGGCUCUGUUACAUCAACAGUACUAUCAACCCCGCCUGCUAUGCACUGUGUAAUGCCACCUUCAAGAAGACCUUUAAACACCUUCUCAUGUGUCAUUACAAGAACAUAGGUGCAACAAGGUAAAACAUCUUUGAAAAGAAGRGAAAUGGUCAGGGGAGCUUGGGAAGUAUAAAGAGGAUAAAAGAGCUCCUACUAUUAAAAUCUCUGCCCUUGCACUUUAUGGUCUUAUUAUGGAAUGGAAAAUAAGGAGCUCCACAGUGACCCUCUUUUCAUGCCAUAGCUCCAGUUUGAAAAAAAAAAAAAACUUUCACCUUAUAAACACUGUCAGUUUAGGAGCAACRAGACAAUAAAAGAGACAUGUUGGAACUGUGCAUUUAAGGAACAAUCUAGGCUGCCGUACUCUCUUGAAGAAAGGCUUAUGAAUCUACAAAUCUGUCAGUCUCUGCACAAGAAGAAAAACCUAUUCUUUUUUGUUGUUUCUCUUUCCUUUUGUUCUCAUGUGUCCCUGUGAGGACGAAAUGCCAGAAUACACACUAUAGAGAAAUGGACAUUAUACAACGGGCAAGUGAAGAAAAGAAAUCCAAAAGGCUGCAGAAACGGUCUCCAGAGUGUCAAGCAGAUUCUCUUCUUUAGGUAUGAUAUUAUUUGGAGGACCGCACUACAAUCAGCGCUUUUUUUUUUCUACCUGUCCCUUUUUCCAUCCAUGAAAAGCAAGCAAACAAACAAAAACCCAUCUAGAUGACACCAUUUAUUUUUAUUAUGGUCUAGGUUUGCACUUGUCCAUUCUACAUGGCUUAUGGUAGUACCUUUGGACUUUCAUCCAGUCCAUCCACAGACAGCUUGAACACGGGCACUUCUCCCCUC